UGGACCCGAGUCCUCAGGCGGCGGGGGAGGAGGCGCGAUGUCCGCCCGUCUUACGUGAACAGCUGGCGCCCGGAGCCGCAUUAAACCGCUGGACGCGCGCCAUUGGAUGAAACAUCUGCUGCGCGUCACCGCUCUCUUGUCAUUCAUCCGGCAGGUGCGUACGGCGGGAAGACGCCCCCCGCCCGCUCGGCGCCUCCACAACAACAAUGGCCGCGUAGCUCUCUUUUUAUUUUUUUAUUUUUUUUUGGUCUCUAUACAUUCGGGUUUAAAAAAAUGGCGACGGGGGCAGGCUGGCAGCCCGUGUACAGCAGCGCCUCGACGAGCGGCGGCAGCAAAUACCUCUCGACGUCAACAUCCAGCAUGUUUUACGACGCGAGUUUGAAGCUGGAAUACACGCAGGACCUUCAUUUGAAGAUGAGCAAGAAAAUCGCCCAGCUGACCAAGGUUAUUUACGCCCUCAACACCAAGAACGAUGAGCAUGAAGAGGAGAUCGAGUCCCUGAGAGACGCCCACCAGGAUGAGGUGCAGCACAUUGUGACUGAAACCAGAGACAAGAUCAUGCAGUACAAGAGCAAGAUGACGGACGAAGCUGACCUGCGGCGGCGUCUGGCCAGUCUGGAAGAAUCUGUGGAACUCCAUGAACACAUGAAGAGACAGGCUCUUGCAGAGUUUGAGAUGUACAGACAGAGAAUGGAGGAUUCGCAGCUCUGCACCGAAGCCCAGCACACACAGCGAGUGGUUUCUAUGAGCAGAGAGGUGGAGGAGAUGCGUCGGGAUUUUGAGGAGAAGCUGCGGGCGUUCAGCCAAGCGCAAGCCCAGUUUGAGGCGGAUAAGCGACGAGCGCUGGAGGAGCUGAGGUCCAACCACCGCCUGGAGGUGGAGGAUCUUCUAAGCAGCCAACAGAACCAGAGCGCCACAUCCACCGAAGACCAGGAGAAACUGGCCGACCUCCAUAGACAAGAGGUAGAGUCUUUGAUGGAAAGGGUGGAAGAGCUUAGCAAGGACAAAGUCCGGGUAGUGGAGGAGUACGAGGCCAAGCUGGCCAAGGCUCAAGAGUAUUAUGAACGAGAGCUGGAGGCCAUGACUAGAACCCACCAGCUCACCACAGAAAACCUGCUGGCCUGGAAAAGGACUGAGGUUGAGCUUCGGAAGGAGUUCCAGGCGCAGGAGGCAGCAUUGCAGCGCUCGCUAUCCAAGCUGAGAAGCGAGCUUCAGAGAGCUCAAGAGGAGGCGCGCGAAAACCGGGACAAGACCAACAGACUGCAGACGUCGUUGGUCAACGCAGAGGGAACUAUCAAGAACCUUCACAAGCAGCUGGAAGAAGCCAUGCAGGACGGGGAGAUCUGGGUGAUGCAGCUGAAGGACACAGAGUAUGAGCUGGAUGGUUGCAGGGAACGAGUACAGCAGCAGGCAACAGAGAUCCUCCACAAAGCCGGUCAGAUCGGCUCCUUGCAGGCCACCCAGAUGGCCCACGAAGCCUCCAUUAGGAACCUGGACCAAGAGCAGAGUCGCCUAAAGGACAAGAUCUGCAGGUUGGAGCAAGAGAGAGUGGCACUGCUCAACCAGAAUCAGGCGGCCGGCGAGCAGCACAAACAGCAAGUGUUAAAACUGGAGCAGUCGCUGCGUGAGGAGCACCAGGGCUACGAGAAGGAGCUUUCCAGACUAAGAGGUCACUACGACGAAGAGACGCGGCGCUACAAGGAAGCCCAGGUCAGGGCUUUAGAGGAGAUGGAGGAGAAAUACCGAGCCAUGAGGGAGGAGGUGCAACAAGAGAAAGAGGAGGAGAAGAAGCAUGUCAUGAUGAAAAUGAGUCAGGAGUUUGAGAUAAAGCGUAUGUCCCUGGAGGAGCAGCGAGAUCGGGUGCAGCAGCAAUUGGACAACUUGAAGGAGGAGCUCUCUGCCAAACUCAACAUGGCCAAUCAAGAGGUGUCACACCUUCAAGAGGUGGUGAGGGAGAGGGACCAGAACGUUAGCUCGGCACAGAACCAGAUCACCUCCUUGAAAGACACACAGGAGAAGCUCAAGGUAGAACUAGACGCCACCAGAGCCCGGGUCAGAGAGACCAGCAACCUGCUGACAGACCUACAGGAGGAGAUCGAGACCCAGAAACAGCAACAUGAAGCCAGAGUGAUGUCCAUCCGAACAGAGGAGAAGCAAAAAAUGGACAAGAUGGCGGACAACUUGGACCAAAAAUGGAGAGAAGCUCUUCGUGAAGAAGUGCGUCUGUUGAAGGAGGAGCUGAGCGAGGAGUACGAUGCCGAUAAGCAGUCAGCGCUGACUCAACUCUCCCAGCAAAAAGAGCUGGAAAUGAUGGCCGCCAGGGAGAGCUGGCAGAGGAAGGUGGAGGACCUGCUUGAACAGAUAUCUCUGUUGAAACAGUCUCUGGAGUUGCAGUUAUCUCAGUCGCAGGCAGCCCUGCAGCAGCUGCAGUCUCAGUUCAGCCAAGAGAGGGAGCUACUCAGCCAGCAGCUCAAAGAGAUGCAGAGAGAACAUCAGAGGAGAGAACAUCGAUUACAAGAGGCUCACUGCUGUGCAUUGAGCACCAUGGAGGAGGCCCGGCAGCACCAGAUCCGGGCACUGGAAGAACGUCUGAAGCAGGAGCAGAGAGAGGAGGUUCACGCACUGAAGGAAGCCCAAAGGAGGACCUUGGACAUCCUCAGACAGCAAUCAGACCAGGAGCUCCAGACGCUAAGAUUUGAACUGGAAGAUGAGGGCAAAGCCAAACUAGCCUCUCUCCGUGCCGAGCUAAACCAUCUCCAUGCUACCGCCAUUGAGCAUCUAAAGCAGAUCCACAUGAAAGAAAACUCUUCAGCCAAACGAGAAUUGGAGAAGGCCAUGGAGCACAACCGCCAACAGGAACAAGAGCUGCUGAUUCGUAUCUCAGACCUGCAGGCGGAGAUGUGUUCUCGUAGCAACCGAAUCACAGAUCUGGACCACGAGAUCCACUCGUUGAAUGAGACAAUUGACACCUUGACCCGUGAACUGGAGCUGAAGGGCAAAGAGUUGCUUCGGGUGCGCAGUGAAGCUAAUCAUCAGAUUAGGGCUCAUGAACAAGACUUGGCGAAGAGGCACGAGAGGGAAAUGGGCGAGCUCAGCAUGAUGCAUCACAGAGAGGCUCAGAUCAUGUUGGCUGACUUCAACAAGGCCCAGGAGGUUCUCAAAGACAAGAUCUGUGCUUUGCAAAUACUGCUGGAGGGUACCGAAGAGAAAUUGAGGAACAGAGAGAGCCGACCCGAGGAUCUGCAUCUUAUUGCAGAACUCCGUGAGAUGGUCACGGAGAGGGAGGCUCUGGUCAAAAAGCUGGUGGAUGAUAAGAAGUUCUACCAGCUGGAGUUAGUCAACAGAGAGACCGGCUUCAGUAAGGUCUUUAACUCCAGCGCCAAUGUCGGCGUCAUCAACCCUCUUAUCAAGGGUAUCUGCAUGUUUGCACAUGAUGCAUGUGUUGCAACACAACCACAUUGUGUCAUUUAUCGGGCAAGGAACCAUAUUUGGUGACUUCAGGAGUUAACCCUGAAUUUUGAUUUUUAGCCUUCAAGAACAAAAAAAAACAGGAACAAAAAUAGUGUAUUAAUUCAAGUGUUCUAGAUCAGUGAUUCUCAACUGGUGCGUCUGAAGGGGAUUUCUUUUGCAGUGUUGUUUCUUCUGUCUGUUCUGUCAUGCUAUAGAAAUUUGCUGUCAUAGACAAAGUUUGUUUAUAGUUUUCUGUCAUUAAAAGCGCCCUGAUGUAUUUAUUUAUUUAUUUGAAUUAGGACAAUGCAUAUUCAUCAACAUAGAGCAACAAUGUAAAUAUGCCGGAGUUAGCACAAUAGCUAAUUUUCAUCCGUUAGUGAACAUUCAACAGGCCAUGAUACAAAAGAAUACAUAAAUCACAAAACAUUACUGUGAACGACUUCCUGUUAUCAUUGUGUGGGUUGCAUGGACCAUUGAGGACGGACAUCGCUGAGGAGAUUUGACUGUUGUUUAUUGUUUCAAUAAACCAUUUUGGGUAACAGUCGGUCGCGCCGAUUUCCAGCGCUUCCUCCUCUGCUGCUCGACUCGGCUGGCCUUUCGGUCGCCGGUGACUCCGUCUUCGUCGGGGGCUCAUCUUCUGUCUCAGCUCGCUCGUCUUGUUCGUCUGGUGGUUCUUCUCCUUCUUCUGCCCCGAUCGCUCCUCCUUCUCCCCUUUUAUGCUGCAGGAGAAGAUGCAGGGAUUGAGAGCAGGUGUGUCAUUUACGCACCUGACUCGGAUUGCCACAGCGUCGCUCCAAGCGCGCCCCGCCUCUCUGCUCCGCUGCAUAUUCCGCCUCCUGGCCGCCAUCUUGGGUAGGACCAUGAUUUGUCCUAUCCCGCUGUCGGCUCCACCUCUCCACAAUUACACAUUACAAGCAUACCAUAAGCACAGACCAUAGACAAUAAUAAUAAUAAAAUAAAACAAACAAAAAAACAAACAUGUGAGUAAUCAAAUUGUGCGUGCAUGUAUCUUGUAUAUUGAAAAUAAAUCAGCUUGCUCUUUUCUGAACUGAUUUUCAUUCAAAUGCAUUACCCAUCUUACCGUUAUGUUAGAUCCGCUAUGGAUUGGACUUUCACAAUAUCAUGUUAGACCCACUCGACAUCCAUUGCUUUCGGUCCCCUAGGGGGGCAGGGGGGUAGCCCACAUAUGCAGUCCUCUCCAAGGUUUCUCAUAGUCAUCAUUGUCACUGUCACUUGACGUCCCAUUGGGUGUGAGUUUUUCCUUGCCCUUAUGUGGGCUCUACCGAGGAUGUCGUUGUGAUUUCUGCAGCCCUUUGAGACACUUGUGAUGUCGGGCUAUAUAAAUAAACAUUAAUUGAUUGAUUGAUUAUGGCAUAUAUAUGUAUCAAAUAGGGUUGCGAUAACAAGUCGAUACGUACAUGCAAAAAGUACAUCAAUACCGGCUUUUUUCCGUAUCGUCAGUACCGAAAUUGUACAACACAUUGUCCUUAAACAGCCGCGUCAAUUCUCAGCAGGUGACCAGUUAAUCAGUGCUAAAAAAGCCUGCUAUCUUAAAAAAGAGUCACUGUUUCCAAUGUAUUUACUUCUUUGUCAAAGCCAGUCACAAAUGAGAACGGAAGUGUGGCUGCGUAGCAUAACUGUAGGUGUGGCGUAACCACGCACCUGGUUUGCUCGAGACUAAGCCAUAGCAGACUAGCAACUUGGUUGCUAUAUUUAGCAAGUAGAGGCACACACUAAAAGUCAAAGAGAGGUGUAUCUUAUGGUUUAAGUUUAUUUCGAACAUGCAUACAAUUACAGCAUGAUACGUCACAGUUUCAAGUUUCUCUUUUGAACAUGUUCAAAAAAGAGUAGGAAGAAACAGUUUAUGUCAUCUAUACCCUUUUUCCAUUGUAUAGCGAUUGCUAACACUUUUGUUCACUACCUGCUCUCAAUUUGUUCCCAAAUUAUUCUAUAAAUAACAAAAUUCCCCAAAAAUACAUAAAUAGAUAAUAAAUAAGGUAAGUUGUAUUUCAUAUAGUGAGAUGAAUAAGAUUAUCAAUAAGUUCAAAAUGUUUAUCAUGAUUCUUCUUUUUUAUACUUUGUAAACACUUUGAGUUUGAGCAGUUUCUUAAACUGGAUCAUACUAUUACAUUGUUUGAUUUAUUCACAGAUUCAUUCCAUUAUUUAAUCCCACAAAUUCAUACCGUAUUUCCUUGAAUUGCCGCCGGGGCGCUAAUUAAUUUAAAACCUCUUCUCACUCCUGUACUUACCAAAGGCAUGUGGUAAAGGCAAGCAUGCGCUAAUUAUUUUAAAACCUCUUUUCACUCUGGCGCUUACCAAAGGCAUGCGGUAAAUUUAGGCCUGCGCUUAUAAAAUUGAGUGUGAUGUAAGGAUAUCAUCACGAAAAGCACAUUUAAUAAAAAAGACGUUGUUGUGGUCUUACCUUUACUUAUAAAUGAAGUCCAUGCACAGCUCCUUCUGAUCAAAAGCAUCGAUAACUUGUUUAUAGAAGUCUUCUUUAUCUUUCUUCAGUUUUAAAAGUCUCUCUGUCUCGAUGGUGAUCUUCCUUUAUUACCUCCUGCUUCGAUUGAAAGUCCAGUUUAAAAAACGGUUUUAUUUUAGAUAUGUAAUCCUCCAUGUUAAAAAUGCAAGCGAGAAGAAAAAACAAACGAUCGUUGCUCACGCUUGCUGGUUGUUGUCACUUCUUCUGCAGCCGAAUAGUCCCAAGAAGGAUCAUUAGCGCCCUCUACCACCAGGAGGCGGGAGUCAUUUAAUGACUCAUAUUUGACACACGCAGCUACGGUAUAUUAAUAAAACAUAACGGCUUACUGUUCUUUUUUAUCAUAUUCAAUAGCUUGGACCUUAAAUCCUACUGAAUUGCUCUUAAUCUUCUUUCCUUUAUGCGAUUUAGAAUGAUUGAAAUCAGCCUCCUCCACUUUGAAAAUGAUGACAGGUCAGGUGUUACUCGUGACGUGAUGAGUUUGACCCGGAGGAAAUUCUAGGCAUGCGCUAAUAAAAAUAAUAUUUUGCGAAACGAAUUUGACUCGGCGUUAAUCCUGAGCAUGCACUAAUUAAAUUGCGAAACGGGUUUGACCCGGCAGUAAUUCUGGGCAGGCGCAUAUUAUAUACCUGGCGGCAAUUUGAGGAAAUACGGUAUACUAAGUACUCUUGCACCAUGCAUUUAUUAAAUUUAAAAAAAACAAGCGUUCAAGUAUUUGCCGCGCAAGUAAGCGGAAAUCUGCCACCACAACCCAAGGAGUGUACAUUAACACAGUGUGUGGAAAACCUCAACCCAUACUUGAUCAAUUAUAUACCUGCUAAUCGCUAGCAGGUGUAUGAGCUUUUCAAUGUAAAUUAGCAUCAUGCUCGCAGAUUUGUUGAAAUGCUUUUCGUUCACGUUCAACGUCACAGAGAAAUUAUUGAGUAUCUUACACUUUACUUCUGUGCGUUAGUUUUACAGUACUUCCAAGGCUCUGAUAUGGUGUUCAGCUGGAGUUUUUAUUGAGAAGAUGUUGUCUGUUUGCUUUACUGGUAUUUAGAGACUAACCAUUAGCGACAGCACAACAGAAAACUUUUACACACGCUUUUCGUUAUGAUUAUAUUUAGUUUGUUUAUUAAAAUGAAUCGUUCCUAAAAUGUUGGUAAACUUGAUUUGUGCUGGCGCACACUUUUUUUUGCAAUGCAUCACAUUUAAACUGCACUGACUUUUUUAUUAGGUCCUGGACCCAAACCAGUUGAGAACCACUGUUACAGAUUACACUAUUAUAAUAUUUGUUCAAACAUUGAAAAAAAUGCUGCUGUUCAAUAUACUCCAUUAAUUGUUUUACAAUUUGGAAUUUGGAACUACUUAAAUGAAGGCAGGCCCUAUUAAUGGUUUUAUUUGGACUUUUUGUGUUUAUUCAUAUUUUUGUUGUGUUCGUUUUCAUCCUAAAAACAUUACACAUGAAUAGGGAUGGGUACUUUUCACAUUUGAACCCAUACGGUACCAAUUUUUGGUACCUGAAAAACGAUGCCAGUACUUAAUUACCAGUUUUGGAUACUCUUGUGUGUGUUAAUAAUUGUAAAUGUUUUAAUAAUAAAUGUUUUAAUGUACCAUUUGUAAUGAGCUGAUUAGGAUAACUGUGCUGUGUAGUUGUUAUAUCUUGUUUUUUUUAUUACAUUUCUGAGACUCAUUUGCAAGUAUUAUAUAGUAUAUUUUGUAUUUGUAUGCAAUUCCAAGAGCAGGGGUGUCAAACAUACGGCCCAUGGGCUGGAUCAAGCCCGCGAACAGGUUUUAUCCGGCCCGCGGGAUGAGUUUGCUAAAUAUAAAAAUGAGCCGAAAUUUUUGAAUGUAAGGAACUGUGUCCACUAGAUGUUGCAAUAGCAAUUCUUUGUAUCUUUGUAGAUCAGGGGUCACGAACGCAGUGCCCGCGGGCACCAGGUAGCCCAUAAGGACCAAAUGAGUAGCCCGCUGGCCUGUUCUAAAAAUAGCUCAAAUAGCAGCACUUACCAAUGAGCUGCCUUUAUUUUUUAAAUUGUAUUUAUUUACUAGCAAGCUGGUCUCGCUUUGCUUGACAUUUUUAAUUCUAAGAGAGACAAAACUCAAAUAGAAUUUGAAAAUCCAAGAAAAUAUUUUAAAGACUUGGUCUUCACUUGUUUAAAUAAAUUCAUUUCUUUUUUUACUUUGCUUCUUAUAACGUUCAGAAAGACAAUUUUAGAGAAAAAAUACAACCUUAAAAAUGAUUGUAGGAUUU